AUACAUCUGGUGGAUGUACGGAUAGAUUCCAGGGAACAUCAGCAUCUUGUCCUAUAGCAGCAGCAAUCAUUGCACUCGCUCUAGAAGCCAACCCAUCACUUACAUGGAGAGAUAUACAACAUUUAAUUGUAGAAACAUCCACAUCAGAUGGUCUAAUUAAUGCUAAUUGGCACACUAAUGGUGCUGGAUAUAAAGUUAGUCAUACGUUUGGGUUUGGUAUAUUAAACGCCGACGGAAUGGUUGAAGCCGCACUAUCUUGGCAAAAUGUUCCUUCUCAAGUUGUGUGUGAAAGUGAGACUAAAAGUGUUUAUAGAGAAUCGACAAAUGGUGUCUACGUCAUUGAUGAGCACGAGAGUAAUGGUUGCGCCGGAAGUGUAUUGUAUGUAGAACAUGUAGAGGUUGUCAUGACAUUCCAUGCUACAUACAGAGGCUCUCUACAAAUAAUGCUAGUGUCACCGUCCGGCACUAGGAGUCGUCUGCUACGACCAAGACGGUUCGACACAUUUAAUGGAGCUACAGAUUGGACAUUUAUGACAGUACAUAACUGGGGAGAGCUGGCGUCUGGUACUUGGAUGAUACAGUUAGAAACUUCUGAUUCAACAACUGAUUUUGGUCUGGACACCUGGAAACUUAUAUUGUACGGUACUGAGUCAGCGCCUGCUAACAAUCCUCAAGCCCAAGUUUCAAGAGAGCCUGUAUGCGACGAAAACGGCAACACUGGGACAAUACUUGGAGGUGUCCUUGGUGGAGCAGCCCUGUUGGCGGUCACAGCGGCAUUAGUUUAUGUUUUUGUUAUCAGAAAACCUUUUAAAGAUCCUACAGUAUUCCCAGAUGUACCUGCGCGUACAAAUGAUUAAAGUCAGUCGUUAUAAGAUAUGAAUUUAUAUAAUAUUUGAAUACUUCCUGAUCAAACUGCUUCAAGAACGACGAAAUAAUAUGAAUAUAUUAUGUUUCACGUUGUAUUUUACUGACAUUUUAAAACAACCAAGUAUAUUGAUAAAAAAAGUUUACAAUUUGUGUUGACAUUUGUAUAUUUAAAUAAAUGUAUUCAUAUACAGUAAACUGUGUUUUCUCCAAUGGUUAUGGAUGUUUGAUUUUGGUUAUUGUCCCCUGCCUUUUCGAAGAAAAAAGGGGGAUAUAGAAAUAGGCUCCGUCCGUCUGUCUGUCCGUCCGUCUGUCCGUCACACUUUCGUGUCCGGUCCAUAACUUUGUCAUUUAUCAAAGGAAUCUGAAAUAACUUGGCACAAAUGUUUGUUAUAAUAAGACAAUGUGUCAUGCGCAACAACCAGACCCCUACCUCCAGGGUCAAGGUCGCACUUGCUCAUUCAAGGUCAACAUUGUCUAUUUGAGGGUAUAUGUCGUGUCCGGUCCAUAACUUUCUUAUCUUUGAAGGGAUUUUGUAAAUACUUGCCACAAUUGUUCACAAUAAUGAGACGAUGUGUCAUGCGCAACAACCGGUCACCUACCUCCAAGGUCAAGGUCACACUUGGAGGUCAAAGAUUAACAUAGUCUGUUACAGGGUAUAUUUUGUGUCCGGUCCAUAACUGUCAUUUAUUAAAGGAAUC